AUGGGCCCCUGUACCGCCUCCUCAUGCUGCUGCCAGGCCCGUAAUCUGCCAUGGGCCCCCGUACCGACUCCUCAUGCUGCUGCCAGGCCCGUAAUCUGUCAUGGGCCCCUGUACCGCCUCCUCAUGCUGCUGCCAGGUCCAGAGUGUGUCAUGGGUCCCUGUACGGCCUCCCAUUGCUGCUGUCUCCAUCGCCACACUCUGCCAUGUGCCACUUUCAGGUCUCCUCACACUGCUGGUGGGAUCCAUUUUUUCAUAGGGUGCUGUAUGGCCUCCCAUUGCUGCUGCCUCCACCGCCACACUGUGGCUCCACACUCUGGUUUUGGCCCUGUGACUGCCCAAAUGAGUGAAGUGUGCGGUGAUUCUAAGAUCGACGGCACUCAUCUGCAUGUCAUACUGACUGACAGUAUUAUUUCUCUUCCCCAGCAGACUCCAAGGGCAUUUAAAUUAAAGGUACAGUGUUCUGCACUAAUAUAA